AUGUCAAUGGCUGGUAAAGCUGUACAGCGAAGCACAGCCCAAAAGAACUCCACACCUCAGAUUCCCGACGCAAUAGUUCGUCGUUCACCGCGCAUCAAUAAAUCGCUUGUAAAUCCUUCCAAUCCUGAUUCGGGCACUUUCCUUCGUCCUCUUUCGCGCUCCGUUCCUCGAGCCAAACCUGCCCUAUUUAAGUCCUCCAGUUGUCAUAACAUCAAGUCUCCCCGCUCAAACUCCCAAACCUCUCUGGACUCACACGAUUCUAUCAAAGAGUCCAAAUCACGGAGGAUCUCCGCUCGCAAACCUGCAUCAACCGUAGCCCUUCCAUCCGCCGUUCUUCGUGAUUCCAAUUCCUCCGCUUCUGGCGGCUCCAACACCGUGAACGGUGAUCGUAUCUACGUCAAUUCUGACCUUCUCUCUCGGGUUGAAAAGGAGAAAAAGCAGUAUGAGGCGCGCAUUUCAGAGCUUACUCAGCUCACAGAGUCGCGAAAAAUAGAGAUUGAACGCCUAUCCUUUGAGGUCCGCAACUUGCGGGAGGCAAAGGAGCGAGCAGAGGCUUUGGUCCAGCGACAGGCCUCUCAUAAUCUCAAACGGAAAAUAGGAGACGCUGAUCCUGAGGAGGAUUCAUCCUGCCUCUCUUCCUCACGACCACUUCCAGAACCAUCUGCUACCUCAGGAACUACUACUUCAGAUCAACAGAGUCUAGUCUCUGGAAUGUCAAGCCUUUUCGGUGGAGAAACGGCCAAGCCCCCCUCAGUUACGAACUUAGAGAACCGAAUCCACGAGAUGGAGGAGGCAAAUUACACAACAACUGAGGAAUUGCAAGCGACGAUGGGCGAAUUAUGUGAAAUGCAGCGGACGCUGGACGAGACACAGGAAGAGAAUCGAAAUUUGGCCUUCGAGCGGGCCAUCCUUCUUGAGUCGUUAUGCACACAAACAGCUAAGUUGGAGCACUGCCGCCUCCAGAUUGAUCAGUUGAAGCACUUAUUAGUGACCAGUCCCUCGGUAUCUGGUGGGGAUGCGAGGGAAGCGCAUUACGUGGAACUCUACGCUUCAGUGGAAGAGGAGAAACAGAUCCUUCUGACACAAAACAACGACUUGGCUCAGCGUUGUGAGUCGCUGGAUGCGGAGUGUCGCCAAUUCAGUGAGAAGAUAGAGUCUUUGACUCAGGAGGUAGAGCGACUGAGAAAAGAGGCGGCAGUCAUUGUCACAGUAGGAUCUUGUGACGAUGUGACGACGUUAGUGGCGAAGGCCAAUGUUAAUACAGAGCCCGAGGCGGAGCUCUCGGCUCAAGUGGACGCGUUGAUGCGACAGGUGGCAUCGUGGAGAGAGAAAUUUGAGCAGGAGGUGGCAGAGCAUGAGCGGGAGGUCACUGAGUUAAGACUCCACGAGAGGCAUCUCCUUAAGACAGUGCAGGUUGCAGAUGGAAUUAGGAUGGAGUCGGAAGCUGAGGUUGCGCGCAUCACCAUAGAGACUCAUGAGCUCCGGGACCAGGUGAAACGUCUGUCAGCAGACCUCGAGAACGCACUUCAAGAAAGCACAAAUCUCCGGGAUCAGCUCUCCAAGUCAUCUCUACACCAAGACACUUCACCGCCUCCAACCGAAACUCUCUCACCACCAUCCCAACCACCGCCACCACCGCUACCGCGUGUGGAGACAAAAAGCGUGGGCACAAUGACCUUACCAACGGAGACGUCCUAUGCACCCUUGUCCCCUACAAAUGCAACCACACCUGCAUCCACCACCAUAGUUACCUCAGCAGUCACUUCCGUGACACCAUUCCAGCACUUACCUCGCACUACCUACAUGCAGAAACUGGGUCUCAAUCCCGCCUCUACCACUGUUUCACCUGGUGGACCUGGCAGCAGUGUUGUUGGGAGUGGCUGUAGUGGUGGUGUCGGUGCCAUUAGACGCACUGGACCUACUGUCCAGAGCCUCAUCCAAACCAUUGAGAACCAGGUAAUGGUAAAGGCUGUACAACACCAACAGAAAGUGUCAGCAGUUCGCUCUCCAGUUACCAGUCCAAAGGUCAAGCUGAAUGUUGAUGGCAGCGUCGGGGAUGCCGGUAUUAGUGGUGUUGGUGGCGAUAGCUGCAGUACUUUGCCGGCGCGUAGGUUGCACUCGGCCGGUAACAGUCCCAACUCAACUCCUGUCCGCUCCGCGCCGCGACAUCCGCUGCUGGACGAACCACUUGUUGGCGAUCUGGCCCCCGGGGGACCGCCACCACCUACGUCUCCCCCUCUCGCGUCUCCUGUAACUCCUCAGCCUCCAUCUUUAUCUCAGACAGCUCCGACUUCGCUGUUAAGGAUUUUUAGUCCUUUUUCUGUUUUUAGCAGAUCAAAUUCCAUUUUUGGUGUUUCGCGUGACGAUACUUCACCUGCAAAGGAAUCUUUUCUCCUCAAGUACUCUACCACUCCCUCCACCUCCAUUGUCUCUUCCACUGGAACCCCUACGACUACCUCUGCCUCUACGACUCCGCGACUGAAGCGCCACCUCACUGCUCCGACCCCCUCCCCUUCAGCUGUCGCCGCUAAGAGUAGUGGUGCUGGGGCAAUCUCAGAAGCCGUCUCAAGUGUUUUAUCAGCAGCAGCCGGUGAUUCGGUGCCUUCUUCUGCUAACGUCUCUACUUCCUCCGCUUCUGCUCCUACGACUGCAAAAAAUUCUGCUGCUGCUGCUGCUGUCGUAGUGGACAUGGCGGCUGACCCGUUGCACGAGCUGGCAAAGCGCACAGACGCGGGCUCGAAGCGCAACGCCUUGCUGCGCUGGUGUCAAGGCCGAGUGGCAGGAUACCGAGGGGUUGAGGUGACCAACUUCUCCUCCUCCUGGAACGAUGGAUUGGCGUUGUGCGCUCUCCUUCAUACCUUCCUCCCACACCUCAUUGCACCCAACUGGGAGCGAGUCGUCAAUGGCAUGGAUAAACAGCGACGCUUUGAGGUGGCGUUCGCGGCAGCGGAGAGUCAGGGCAUUCCAACGACCCUUCGUCUAAGUGAUAUGCUUACGAAGGAUCGUCCGGAUUGGAAUCACGUGAUGGCUUACAUCGCCUCAAUUUACAAACACUUUGAAGCCACCCCUUAG